AUGAGGUUCGGUAGGAAAGGGAAGCUAAGUCCUCGUUAUAUUGGACCCUAUGAGGUAUUGGAAAGAAUUGGACAAGUGGCUUAUAGGAUAGCCUUACCUACAAAAUUAGCCAAGGUUCAUAAUGUUUUUCAUGUGUCUCAACUUCGUAAAUACAUCUCUAACCCCUCCCAUGUUAUUCAACCUGAAACCAUUGAACUAGAUGAGACCCUUACUUUUGAAGAACGUCCUAUUAGAAUCCUUGAUUCCAAAACAAGAAACACCCGAAGCAAGGCAAUAAAAUUAGUCAAAGUUUUAUGGUCUAAUCAUGAAAUCGAGGAAGCAACGUGGGAAAGAGAAGACGACAUGAGAAAGCUUUAUCUUGAACUCUUUUUUGAGUGUAAUCAAAAUGAUAAGGAACUAACCCUUGCAGGAAAAGAGAAAAAGCUGGUUCCUGAUCCUGAUAACCCUGUGCCUGAUCCCCUUGAGGAGCCAGGAACAGGAGGAACUUAG